CUUUCAGUCACUCUUUAUCUGCUUUUUGCGAAUAGAUUUCGCAUCACUUUCGUUGAGCCCACGCAGUCUCUCUCAACACCACCACCAUCACUACCACCAUUUUUCCGAAGGAAUCUUACAAUCUCUACAAUGCAGCUUACUACCAAGGUUUCCGUUGCCCUGCUGGGUGCUUUCGCCGCCGUUGGUGAGGCCAACAACCACGGCUUCCAGGCGCGUCAGUUCAACAUCCACCCCGCUGGCUACAGCAACCAGACGGUGUCGACCUCCUAUGUGCCCGUCUACCCGACUCCUCCUCAGUCCAGCGCGGCCGUGGCUCCCAGCUCUCCCGCCGGCGGUGCCCCCAGCUCGGCGCUGAUCCACCCGGCUGGUUCCAGCUCGGCUGCCGGUGCCGGUGCCGGUGCCGUUGGCGCUUCGUCCGUUGCUCCUGUGCCCGUGCCUCUCAGCACUGGUGUCUACAGCAGCGCCCCCGUCUCUGCCUCGGCUGCUGCUCCUACCGAUGCUGUCUCGACUGACUACGAGACUGUCACCUCCACCAAGGAUGUUACUCUCACCUACACCCUGGGCACUGGUGCCUCCCAGACUGUCGUCACUACUACCAUCCACCGUACCGUGACUGACGUCGAGACCGUCUACGUGACCCCCUCGGCCACUGCUUCUUCCACUGCUCAGGACACCACUCUUACUUCUGACACCACGGUCACCUCGACCUCCACUUCCUAUGAGACCUACACCCUCUACGCCGUCUCGUCCUCUUCUGCGGCUGCCGCCAGCACUGCCCCCGCGGUCUCUGCUGCUGCCAGCUCUGGCGAGACCUGUGCUCCGGUCACGGUCACUGUCCACGACACCGUCACUGUGACCGCCACUGCUGCUCCUCUGUCCACCCCCGACAGCAUUGCCAAGAUCGGAGAGAACAGCUCCAGCCAGGCUGAGACCACCGAGGCGGAGACUUCCACUGUGGCCCCGACCACUGCCGCCGCCGAGACCACCACCCACAGCAAGCCCACGGUGGUCCCCACCCCCAGUGCUCCCUUCGGCCACAGCAACGGCACCUUCCCUUACCCCAGCGGUGCUGCCCGGCCCACGGGCUUCCAGACCAGCAGCAAGGUUGCCUUUCCCUCUCACUUCCGCCGCGUCUAUUAGACGGGGACUGAGACUCGCUUGACGCCACGCCUGUAUUGAGAUUCCCCAGUGGCGGACAAGACGGGCCUGUACCUACGAGGAUAACUGUUUUGCUUCUGGUACAAACUUGACAUUGCACUUGACAUUUGACAUUACUUGACAUUUACUUGGACAUUCACGUUUCACCUAGACUUUUAUUCUAUUCUGCUCCGACUGGGGCUUUUUCUCUUCUUCUGCUCCGACUGAGGCUUUCUAUUCUCUGGAUCUCGAUCCCCCGCUUAACGAACAACGUUUUUACGAAUCUUCUCGAGAGCACCUGGUCUACCGGUGUGGGCUUGCCCGCGCAGAUGGCGACGGCGACGGCGACGGCGACGGCGUCUACGGGUUACAUCGGCUAUUGUACAUUUGAUUUGUGAUUUAGUAGAUAUUUUGUCAGAUGAUGACUUGAUUACGAGAGCGUUUGUCAAUACAAUGUCACUACAGUAUUAUGAUAGUAUUAUAAUGAGU